AUGGAAGUCGCCGGCACUGUCAAGGUAACUGCGGGGGAAGCUGAAGCGCGGGGAGAGCGGAGCGGUUGGGACGACAGUCGGACGGAAUGGAGGGGACGAACGGAACGGCGGAGGGGGCGGCGAUCCAGGACGAACGCGUCUUCCUUCGGCGUGCAGACGUUGGUGUUUUGCGGGAUCCUGCUCUCGGUGGCGUCGUACGUUUUGGUCCGCAAUCGACAGAGACUCACCAGGCUCUUGGCUGAGCACGACCCGGCCCUGAAGCGGACCGCCGCCGUGCCCGAGGCGCAGCCUCUCUCUCUCGACGUUCUCAGCCCGCUCGGAAUCGCAGUCGCUGGGCCCGAAGCGCGAGACACAGUCGAUGGGGCAGAAAGCACCGCCGGCGUCGCUCUCACAAAGAAACUCGCGCGGCAGCACUACGCCCUGUCGCUCUUCCUGGCUGCGACCGCCAUUGGCUUCGCUCUGUACAGCCGCCGUCUUCCCUUUCUCGACUUGUUCCGUCGGCCGGCGGCUCCGCCGGAAGAGCCCUCGCUGGUGCGGCAUGUUUUCCAACUCUUCUCUGGCGGCCCGCAGGUGGAGCGGACUGCCGCCGAAAUUGAACGCUUGGCGUACGAGCAGCUGGGCUCGGGCUCGUCGCAGACCUCUGACACUAGCGUUGGCGACGUGGUUGCCUGGCUCUUUGGCGGCUUCGAGGCGCGUGGUGAGCCGGAGGAGGCGUCAGUUGCCUCCUACUUGGUCGGCGUCGUUCAGGACGGCCUCGCACAGCUGACAGGUGCGAUCCAGGGCGCGGGAAGCGUGAACGUGGGGCCGAGCUUUGGGAAGUGGUUCGUCUUUGCAGCAACGCUCUACUUUGCAGGCUGGGUCACAUCCCGAACCAUCCGAGCGGAGACCCGGGACGUGGAAGGAAGGUGGGGAGUGGUUGAGCGUCAGGCCGUGGAACGCGAGGCUUUGGCGGACGAGGGGGAGAGAGUCGCGGACCGGUUGACUCGGCAGGUUGCUCAGCUGGAGACGCGUCGGCAGGAGGCGGAAGCGGACGCCGAGCGGCAGCGCACCGAGCGCUUGGAAAAGUCUCGCCGCGGGCUGCAGCUGUUGCGAGAAGUCGUGCAGCGCGCGGAAGCGGAUGUCGCGAGUAUGGAGGAGGCUGUCCGGAAGGCGGAGGAGCAAAAGGCCAGCAGGGAAGCGCAGCAGGACGAGGCGGCCGCACUUGCCGCUCAGAUGGUGGCAGCAAACGAGGAGGUCGAGCAUCUCGAAGCGAGGCUCGUGGUCCUCGAGGAGGAACUGAACGCGGUCUCUCUGAACGUGGCUAAGCUGAUGAUGCUCGCGGAGGGGCUGCCUCCUAAGAAAGCGGGAGGGAAGGCGAAGCGAACGAGUCCAGAGAGCGAAAGCGCGGAGAUGGAGAGAGUGGAGAGCGAGACAGGGGUGAUGCUCACGGUGCUCGACGAGCUGAACGACCGGGUGGCGGCGGCCACGACGCAAAGAGACGCCAUCGCGGCACGUGUCGGCAGCCUGGCCGCCGACAGUCGGCGAAAGGCGGAAAGGCCCCAACGGGAGAAGGAGGAGGAGAGCAAACAGCAGAUGCAAAUGAUGUGCGAGGAGAUCGAGCGCAUCGAAGCGGAGAGAACAGCUGUAAACGCCAGGGUUGCAGAUUUGGAAGCGAGAGUCGAAAGAGCAACAUCUAAGAUUGAAGAGAUUCGCCAAGCAGCGGAAAGCAAUGUGGACGCAACGAAGCUGCGGUCUGUGAUUCGGGCGACGGAAGGGUAA